AAAAUUCACAGCGAAAAUACGGAUUUACCCGACAUCCUUUUUAUAUACACUGGACCCCAAUUCUAUGGUUCUGGUUUAAUGCUUAUUCUGUUUAGUUGUCCUUAUUAUUAGAUUAAGAUAAGCAUAUACGCAGGAACCUAUAGAAGGAACUUACAAAAGUAUAUUUUCAGUUUCUAUCAGCAUCUGAGGAGUAGAAAUAAACCUCCAAAGUUAUUAUCCUCCUGUUGAACGUUGAAUGUGAAAAGAUACACUCUCGAGCUGCAUGCGAGGGCGGCGUUCGUAGUUUUCGCUGCCAGGAGGAGAAUCUCUUUUCUUUCAUCUUGGCGUGGUAAAGGAUGCUGCGAGCUGAUUGGCUGCCUGCAGCUGACUUAUGGACCAUCCUGCACGCCGAUACCCGCAGCCGGACUGAGCGCUGCUUCCCAGGCGGUGCUUCUUCCCGCGGCAACCCGCACCACGGCACUCCGCUCCUCGUUAAAGACACGCACAAUCUCACUCCGAAAACUCCCACGUACACAUGAGCGCUCCUGACCGCUGUUCCGCUGCGGACUUCACCUGAGCGCUCAGUGCGGAGCGCAGCGGCAGAACAGAGCCGCCAAACAAUGCGCCUUAGCUGCAUUAUGCGCUGCCGCCGCUCGUUUUCGCUUUUGCGCUCUUUUCGGAGGUAACCUCGGAGGUGCGUCUGCUCGCGUGCCAUCAUUAUGGACUGCCUUUUUCUACUGAUAUGGACUAUACCCAUCCCGCUGGUCGGCUGCGCCCCAGUCAAGUUUCUCUCCACCUUCUUGACUUGGAACAUCGUCAAGACUCUGCACAUUUAUUGCACACACGCCUCCCACUCCGUCACGGCCAGCUAUUCCUCCAGCCGUAGCCACGGAUUAAAUCACGAUUACGUGUUUGUAACUCCGGUGGAGGUGGACUCGGACGGCGCGUACCUGACGCACGAUGUGACUAGGAGGAGCCGUCGCAGCAGGAGGUCCCUGUCUCCUUCCUUGCACUAUCAGCUCUCUGCCUUUGGGCACGACAUGCACCUGGAACUGCUUCCAUCUUCCGUGGCCGGCCCGGGGUUCACCGUGCAGACGGUCGGCUCGGACGGCAUCUCCACGGUGACGGGCGACGCGGGGUUUCACCACUGCCUGUAUCAGGGAUUUAUUCGCAACCUGUCAGCCUCCUCGGCCGCCAUAUCAACGUGUUCUGGACUGGUAAGUGAGCUGCACUGAGCUGUGGCCAAACGUUGUCAGGUGGAAAAAUGUCGCAGUCAUUGUGUGCAUUGAUUUUCUAAAGCAAUCGUAUUCUAUUGCAUGUUUUUGGAUUUCUAAUAUUG